ACUAAGAAAGCGCCAUAUCUGCAUCUUCUUCGAUCCUUCCUGAUAAACUCUCUUCCUUUUCUCUCGGUUUCUCCACUCUUUUCGUCCCACCACUAACCAUUCCUUACCAUCUAAUCGCCGAUAGUAUAACACCAACCUCAUUUUCCGACCAACUCGUUAUCUCAAACCCCCACUCUUUUUUCCGACCAAAAAAAAUGGCAGAAGACAGAAACAGUGGUAAUAACACCUUAGACCCACUACUCCAAUACAUGACCAUCCCUAGAAUGAGAGAACCUCCUCCGAUCCUCUUCCCCGUGCCCGAAGAAGGCGAAGUCGCGAUCCCCAUGCCCAUGACACCAAAGGAGUUCAAAGACCGUUUAAUCUUCGGACCCUUCUCCCGCUCCCCGCGUGACUCCUCCUCUCAGUACUUCGAAUCCCUCUCCCAGAAACACUCCCCGUCCUCCUCCACCGCCACCGCCACCGCCGCCGCCGCCGCCGGAGAAGCAUUCUCCGACACCUCGACCGCCGACCCUCUCCUCCCGCCGCAGCCUGAGCCAUGGUCUCAUGGCCACGCGCUCCACCGCUCCAAAACCGCACCGGCGAUGGCCGUGAUCAACGACCACCACCACCACCCGACGCCUCAGCAGAAGGACCUCGACUCGUCGCGCUCCGUCGUGAGGCAAGCCUUCGCUCUCCUCGUCGUGUACCUCUCCUUAGGCGUGCUCAUCUACUGGCUGAACCGUGACAACUACGUGGUGAAUCAGACCCAUCCCGUCGUCGAUGGGUUGUACUUUUGCAUCGUGACAAUGUGCACGAUCGGUUACGGAGACAUAACUCCGAACAGUGUCGUCACCAAGCUGUUCUCGAUCAUGUUUGUUCUUGUCGGGUUUGGUUUCAUAGAUAUUUUACUUAGCGGGAUGGUUUCUUACGUUCUUGACCUUCAAGAAAGCUAUAUGCUAGACUCCGCUAAGCGGAGAGACGAGCCUGAUCAUAAAACGAGGUCGUAUAUAAUCGAUGUGAAGAAAGGGAGGAUGAGGAUUAGGUUGAAAGUUGGUUUAGCGUUAGGUGUUGUGGUCUUGUGCAUUGCUCUUGGUGUUGGGAUAAUGCAUUUUAUCGAAGGAAUCGAUUGGUUGGAUUCGUUUUAUCUCUCGGUUAUGUCGGUUACUACUGUUGGGUAUGGAGACAGAGCGUUUAAGACGCUGCCCGGUAGGCUUUUCGCCGCGGUGUGGCUGCUUGUGUCUACGUUAGCCGUGGCUCGAGCGUUUUUGUAUUUGGCUGAGGCGAGAGUGGAUAAGAGGAAUAGAGAACGGGCGAAGAAAGUGCUGUGUGAGGCGAUGUCUGUCUCUCAGUUCUUCGCUGCUGAUAUCGAUAACAAUGGCUGUGUGAGUAAAGCAGAGUAUGUGAUUUACAAACUGAAGGAGAUGGAGAAAAUAACGGAUAAAGACAUAACUCCAAUCUCAAAACAGUUUGACAAACUCGACCGAUGCAGCAAUGGAAAGAUUACUCUUGGAGAUCUCUUGGAUAGUAGCAGUGGCGAUUGAUCCUCUUGCAACUUUUUUUUUGGUUUUAGCUUAGUUUACAGUAGUUGUUAAAUUACAAACCUAAUCAACGAUGCUGAAUGAUUAAUGAUAAUUGAUAAGUAGUCAGGUCUCUAGUUUACUUAAAAAGAGCUUGAACCGAUUUUAAUUGGUCUUGCCUUGCGAGUCAAUCACUCAUCCAAUGUGUAUAAAUUUGAGUGCUUAAUGGUCUUGGUUCGGUGCACAUAACACUUCCA